GUUUGUAUUUGUAAGCAGUUAUUUACAACGCAUUUACAAAUCACAUGAACCUAACUACAUGGAGUAGAGGAGAGCUGUUGUGUUCAAAAUCCCAUACUACACUGCCUGGCCAAAAAAAAAUUUCACCACCUGGAUUUAACUAAGCAAAUAGCUGAAGGGCAUAUGUGAUGGAGGCACGAAAAAAUGAGAAGAAUGAAGCCAGAGGUAAGGGAGCAAACAAAGCCUCACAGGGAGACAGACCAGAGAUCAUUCCUCAGAUAGACAGGAUACCCAAUGUCAGUGCCCUACCCAAAGCUGUGAAGAGGAGAGUUUAUGCUCUGAAGAGACUACAGGUCCAGAGUGCUCAUGUAGAGGCCAAGUUCUAUGAGGAAGUGCAUGAGCUGGAGAGGAAGUAUGCUGGUCUCUAUCAGCCCAUCUUUGCCAAGAGACGGGCAGUGGUGACUGGAGCAGUUGAGCCCACAGAUGAAGAAUGCGAGUGGCACAGUGAAGGCGAGGAGGAAGAUCUGGCUGAAGACAUGAAAAAGAAGGCAGCGCUGGAAGAAAAAAAAGAAGAAUCUGCCACGGCAGAAGAUCCUAAAGGCAUCCCAGAGUUCUGGCUCACCAUAUUUAAACAUGUGGACAUGCUUGGCGAAAUGCUGCAGGAACAUGAUGAGCCCAUCCUUAAACACCUCCAGGACAUCACAGUGAAAUUCUCUGGACCUGGAGAGCCAAUGAGCUUUACAUUGGAGUUCCACUUUGAGUCUAAUAGCUUCUUUAGCAAUACAGUCCUGACUAAAGCAUACAAGAUGAAAUCUGAGCCAGAUUCAGCUGAACCUUUUGCCUUUGAGGGGCCUGAGAUUGUGGACUGCGAGGGUUGCAAGAUUGACUGGCAGAAAGGCAAAGAUGUAACCAUGAAAACUAUUAAGAAGAAGCAGAAGCACAAAGGCAGAGGAACAGUGAGGACGGUCACCAAAGAAGUGCCCCAGGAUUCCUUCUUUAAUUUCUUUAACCCCGUUAAAGCAACUCCAGAUGGAACGGAUGAAGACCUGGAUUUCACUCUAGCCACAGAUUUCGAGAUUGGUCAUUUUUUCAGAGAGAGGAUCAUUCCCAAAGCAGUGCUGUAUUUCACAGGAGAGGCUUUGGAAGAUGAUGAAAGCUUUGAAGAGGAGGACCUUGAAGAGGGUGAAGAGGAGGACCUUGAUGAGGAGGGGGAAGAGGAAGAGGAGGGCGACGCUGACCCAACAAAAGCGCCCCAGCCAGCAGAGUGUAAACAGCAGUAAGAAGAAGAGACAGCACCACAGUGAACCCUUCCCGCUGGACCUGCCAUAUACUCUCCAAUCAAUGCAAUAGAAAUUGAAACGCUGUGUAGGAAAUGCAUGAUCAUUUAUGUUUACGUUAUACAGAGGUUCUCUUCUGCAGUAAUUGCAUUUAUUAGAGUGAGUACAUACAUGUUCAGCACUUCACCCUUUUGGAGUAAGUAAAGGCCUUUUUGUAAGCUCUUAAGUAUUUGACAUGAUUUUCUGUGCAUAUAGGAACUUAUUUCUGUUACUGUUCAGGACAAUGCAAGAUCACAAAUACACCCCUAAUGUUCGUCACACUGUAGGUCACUCAGGGUUUUACUUUACACACAUGCUGUAGUAGAUGUUCGCCACAAAACUGCUCUUUUGAAACGUACUAAAACUUUACUUUCCAGUGUUCGUUACGGACUACUAAUAGUGUUACAUUUAAGAAUUCUAGAUUUCUAGAACGUAGGAUGAUCUAAAGUACUAUAAGAAAGCAGGAUUCCCCUCAAGAUUGAGAUUAGUGUCAUUGAAUCAGUUUCUUUUAUAGACCCACAUUUAAACAAAUAGAGGAAUAUCGUGGUUACACUUAUCCUCAGUGUUCAAGUUGCGUAUAUAAACAAACAUUACAAAAUGAUUUUAACCAAGCCUAGACAUAAAAACUUAACCUAAUAAAAAUGAAAUGUGUUUAAGCAUGCUAAGACACUAGGUUCUGAAUACAGGUUUAAUAUUGAUUAGACAUGCGACCUUAAAAAUUUCCAGGCGGCAUCCAAAACUGCAUGUUCUGUACCAAAAUAGUAUUUAAUAAUUUCAUUAUUAGUGUAAUAAUUUGAUUUGAAUUUUGUUAUACAAUAGUUUGCAGUUUCUGCUACUGUAAGCUCCACAUUUGAGGUUUCGAUUGGCUUAUAAAUCUCAAAGCUCAUAACCCGCAAAAAUAAAAUAUCACCAGCCUUCAAAACAUAUCUACUCAAUCUAUUAUUGAUUAAAGCACGUCUGGUUUAGCAAGACUAUUCAGACCAGCUUGCUGUCAGACCUAAAGCCUUCCAUGUAGUAAUUUAAUCCAUUAAAAUGAAUAUUAGAAAAAACAUCUUGCACUUUUGACUAAAGGACAUGUUAAAAUAGAAAUAAAAUACAAAUUAACUUGAUAAUUGGUAUGAGAAUAGUUAUAUGCAUUUAAAUCACAGACCACAACAAUUAAGUUGCCUUUCGGAUCAGUUAUAUAAUAUAUGGCAACCAAUGUCAUUAAUGCUAAAGAUUUCCUGUCUUUAACAUUGGGAACAAUUAUUAUAUAAACCACAUUUAAAUUAUUGUAUUAAGUUCAAUUUGCAUUUUCUUUCAAAACAUCAAAUCUACAUUUACAGCAUUUACCAGACACUGUUAUCCAAAGUGACUUACUAUUAUCUCUGAAUAUGGUUCAAGAAAUUGAGGGUUAAUGGCCCCGCCCAGCUGUGGCAACUUAAUGGUAGGUCUUGUACUGGCAAGCUUAUGAUUUCUAGUCCAAUACCUUAAUCGCUGAGCUACCACUGCCGUCAAAUUGUUGCCCUGUCUUUCCCCAAAUUUAAACUGAAGCUCAACUUGUGCUCUAUAAUAGGAGGCUACUGAUUUUUCCUUGAUCAUAACCUGGUCCACCACAACAAGCAUUACAUAUUUGACAACGUUGUUCACAACUUCAUCUUGGCUUUGUGUUUGUGUGCUUCUGUUUUCUAGUUUUUUUAACACUUAUUUAGCACUCCAUUCUUUAUAGUUGUUUCAACCGUAAGCUUAAGGGUUGCCAAUGCAGCAAGGACUUGCUAAGAAACGUUUUCAUUAUUUUGAGUGAUCUUUUGAGUAGUCUGUUACAGUAGCAGUUAAAUUUAUGCCUUAUGGCUUCAUUUUGCACAUCAUACCAUGUUAGACCUCAGUAAAUAAUGGUAAAAAUACAAAGUGCAAAUCAUGUAUGUGUUAAAUAACACUUUGGAAAAGCACUUUGGUCUGUGUUUUCUUACAUUUAAGUGUUACAUUCAUCCAUUGACUCCUUUAAAAAAAAAAAAAAGUAAAUCUUACUUGGUCUAGUAUUAACUGUAUGCUAGCAAUGGCCUUAUUGGGAUUGUAUUGGGUUUUAAUGCAAUAUUAUUUUCAAUUUGUACAAACAGUCAAAGAGUAUUCUAUUAAACAUUGUGUAAUGUGAAACUA